AUGAAACACAACACCUUGGAAUUUGGAAAACAACACUAAAUUAUCAAAGUAGUGUAUAGUAAAACGGUGUUAUGUGGAAUUUGGGGUAACAUAAAUAGAGAAAUAAGGAGAAAUAGAUCGAUGUGAUAGUAGGGAAAAUAGAAAGCAAGAAGAUAGAGAGAAAAAAAAAGAAGAGAGUGAAAACUCGUUUACACACACGCACAAACAUACACACACACAUCUAUGCAUAUGUAUUCAGUUGUAUUUUAGAAAUUGUCGUUAAAGAUAUUGUAUUUAUUUCCUUCCCCGUUAAUAUAUAAUGAUCGUUGGUAUUUCCUUUUGACAGUUUACCAGCAGAUACUGUAACUGGACUACUUUAAGCAGACGACAAAUAGAACGACGGCGAGGAAAGACACGUCAAAAUGAAUCGGGAAACACACGAUAGUUAUAAGAAAAUACGGGACCAGUGUUUUAAAGAUGGAAAGCUGUUUGAAGACAAAGAUUUCCCGGCCAAUUAUCGGUCUCUUAUGCAAAGAGGUAUUAACCCUAACAUUACCUGGAAACGGCCUCACGAAAUUGUCGAGAAACCAGUGUUCCUUCGCGAAGCCAGCUAUUAUGAUUUAAAUCAAGGAGAACUUGGGAACUGCUGGUUCAUUUGUGGUCUGAAUUCACUUAUUGUCAACAGCAAGAAGAAAUUCCAAAAAGUUGUCCCUCCUAACCAGGGCUUUGAAAAAUCAGACCAUUAUGCUGGUAUAUUCCAUUUCCGGUUUUGGCGAUUCGGAAAAUGGGUCGAAGUUCUUGUGGAUGAUCGACUUCCUGUAAACCGAGGGACUGGAAAACUUGUCUAUUGCCGCAACAUAGAAGAACCAGAUGAAUUUUGGAGUCCUUUAGUAGAGAAGGCAUAUGCAAAAUUGAAUGGAUGCUACCAGAACCUUACAGGCGGUUUAGUGCACAACGCUUUAGCAGAUAUGACAGGGGGUUUGUCUGAGAAAAUAAUUUUGAAGAAGGAAAAAAGAACUCCAAAAGAGCUUUUUGAAAUAAUUAAUAAAAUGUGGAAAAUGGACACGAUGAUUGGAGUGCUGGUCCACGGAGAAGAUGGUCAGCCACUAGAACAAGAAACCGAAGAAGGUCUCGUUACAAGCCAUGCGUAUGCUGUCACGAAAAUUGCGACGGUUUCACUCCAAGGAAAAAAGGAAUACUUGAUUCGACUUCGUAACCCAUGGGGUAAGACCGAAUGGAAAGGCAAAUGGAGCGACAGUUCACAGGAAUGGGAAAAGAUAGAUGCCGAAGAGAAGAAUAAAUUAGGUUCAUUGGAAAAGAACGAAGGAGAAUUUUGGAUGAGCAUCGGAGAUGUAAUGAAAUACUUCGACCUUUUAGACUUGUGCCAUCAAGAUAAGGAAGCCUUUAUAAGCAGUCUGGAGGACAAAGGAAAUCAGGAAAAGAAAGAUUGGAAUACAGCCAGUUAUAUAGACAGUUGGAAGCGGGACAUUUCCAGCGGCGGUUCAGAGAGAAAGACAGAGUCUUACUGGUCCAAUCCCCAGUUUCUGCUUGACUUGGAGGAUGAAAAGGACGAAACUCCAGUCAUCAUCUCCCUUAUGGAAAUAAUGGAGAAGAAUCGGAACCGCAUGGAUAUUUUCAUUGGGUUUGAUGUUCACCGGAUUAAGAAAAACGCCCCACAACCUCUUAGUGAUGAUAAUUUCAGCGAUGAGUCUUUGAGAUUCGAAUGUAGAGCCGAAGAAACAGAAUGGCGCGAAAAUACGAAGUAUCUUACUCUGAAACCAGGAAAAUACGUCAUCAUACCCUUUACACAGAUGAAAAACAAAGAGUCUCGUUUUCUCUUGCGGGUUUUCUCUCAAACCAAAGUGGUUUCAAGUUCAGUUGACCAACCACCGUGUAUUUCUAAUGAUGAUUUGGAACCAGAUAAUACUUUGAAAACAUACGCAGAUGACACUGAGUGGCUGGAUGCAUUUGAACUGUAUGAGUUUAUCAAACCACUCUGGACAGAAAAUGAGAAUUUCCCUCCUCUGACACUGGAAACGGCACGCUGUUUUUUGAACUUUAUCGAUGAAGAUCGACUGGGAGUCAUCGGAUCAGAAGAAGCUGAAAAGAUCAAACAACUUUUGAGCAGAUGGCAUGCGGAAUUUCAAAGCCGUGUCAAAGAUGGUUCCAACAAGGCAGAUGUCAAAGGGCUGAAACGAAUGUAUUCAGUUUUAGGUGUUGAUAUUGGUCGUAAAGUAAUUGAAGCUGUUACCACGCGGUAUGCAGAUAAAGAUAACAAAAUUUCCUUUGAUGAUUUUGUACAAAGCGCUGCUAAACUUUUGAAUUCUUAUUCCAAUUUCGGGAUUUACAAAGGACAUGUUCAGAAGAAUCGCAAAAGCCUCAGUAUCAGGAAGUGGAUGGAAUUAAUGUUAUAUAUCUGAAGAAAUUAAUCUACAAUUUCUGCGACACGGUUGCAUGUUGUGCGAUUUUUCAUGUGUAAAAGAAGCAAUAAAAAUACUUUAUAACACACUU